AUGACGUCUCCUACAAUUCAAAAAGAUCUCAUCAACUGUUGUGCUAAAGAAACGACAAAGCGCAUUAUACAAGAACUUGGUGAUGACUACUUUGGUAUUUUGGCCGAUGAGUCGAGCGAUGUGUCUCAAAAGGAACAACUAGCUCUUUGUUUGCGUUAUGUUGAUGGUAAAACAGGAAUGAUAGUAGAACGAUUUCUUGGGCUCGUACAUGUUGGUGACACCACUGCUAUGUCACUUAAAAAUGCAAUAAUAUCUUUGCUUAUGGAGCAUUCGUUGAGUCCAUCUAAAAUUAGAGGUCAAGGGUAUGAUGGAGCAAGUAACAUGAAAGGUGAGAUAAAUGGUCUUAAGACAUUGAUCAUGAAAGAUACUCCAUGUGCUUACUAUGUUCAUUGUUUUGCUCAUCAACUACAAUUAACAUUGGUUGCCGUUGCUAGAAAAAAUAAUGAUUGUAGUUGGCUUUUUGAAACACUUGCAAACUUGAUGAAUGUGAUUGGAGUUUCUUGCAAGCGAAGAGAUAUGAUUCGAGUAAUUCAAGCUCAAAAAGUUGCUCAUGCUUUGGAAAUUGGUGAACUUGAGAGUGGAUCGGGUUUGAAUCAAGAGGUAGGUUUGAAAAGACCUGGUGAUACUCGUUGGGGGUCUCAUUAUAAAACUCUUCUGAAUAUUAUUAACAUCUUUCCAACUAUAGUUGAGGUACUUGAGAUGAUUGGGAAGAAUGCCUCAUGUUCAGAAGAUCGAAUUAAAGCUCAAGCCAUUUUGUACUCAUUUGAGUCAUUCGAUUUCAUUUUUAUGGUGCACUUGAUGUUGACUAUUUUUGGAUACACUAAUGAUUUGUGUGUUGUUUUGCAAAAAAGAGAUCAAAAUAUUGUGAAUGAUGCGUCUCUUGUAUCAUUGUCUAAACAAUUGUUGCAAAAAACAAGAGAUUGUGGAUGGGAAACUCUCUUGGAUAAAGUCACUUCAUUCUGCACUAAAUAUGGCAUUGUUGUUCCCGAUAUGGAGGCUUCUUAUAUGCCACUAGGAAGAUCAAGGCGUUUUGUUCAACAAGAGACCAAUCUUCAGCAUUUUCGGAUUCAAAUUUUUGUGGGGGUGAUUGAUUUGCAGCUUAUGGAGCUCAAUGAGAGGUUUGACGAGGUUAAUACAGAGUUGCUUAAAUGCACGGCUUGCUUAAGUCCCCGAGAUGGUUUUUCUUCUUAUGAUAAGGAGAAAAUACUUAAACUUGCCACAUUUUAUCCAUCUGAAUUUUCAGGUGUUGAGUUGAUGUCUCUUGAAUACCAACUUGAUAUAUAUAUUGAAGAUUUGCGAAAGGAUGAUAGGUUUGGAGAUUUAAAUGAUCUUGGUGCCCUUUCGAUGAUGCUUGUAGAAACAAAAAAGCAUGAGACUUAUCCGACAAUUUAUUUGCUAAUCAAGUUGGUGUUGAUUCUCCCAGUCGCUACUGCAGGUGUGGAAAGAGUAUUUUCGGGAAUGACCUAUGUCAAAAAUAGGUUGCGAAAUAGCAUGGGUGAUCAAUUGUUAAAUGAUUGUUUGGUUACUUUCAUUGAGAAAAAUAUGUUUCUACAAAUUCCCGAUGAUGAUGUAAUUGAUCGAUUUCAGAAAAUGAAGACUCGUCGGGUCGGGCUCAACGCUCAAUUGUAA